AUGAAAUUUGGUAAACUGCUUCAAACUGAAUCAGUGCCCGAGUGGAGAAAAAAAUAUAUCGACUAUAAAGGUCUAAAGGCAAAGUUAGAAAAAGUUCAGCAAGCUCAAUAUAUAGAACCAGAAUCAUCUACCACUUGUUUCGGAACCAUGAGUAGUAUUUAUGACUCACCAAUCACUUAUGAACAUUCAAAUAAUCUUCAAACAUUUCCUUUCUCGCCCAUUGAAGAAAAAGGUGAGAAUAAUGAGAAUUUAAACCUUGAAAUUAUCAAACCUAGUAUUUCAAACUCUAUAAGGCCCCACUCACUCCGCUGA